ACGAAUGUAUAGUAGCGCUGCCGUCGAUAUUGACGACAGUCGCCACAUGAUUUGUAAAAACCAAAACAAUUCUAAAUUGUGAUUUUCCCAGGACUUUCACUGCCUUCCGCGAGCACCAUGGAUACGAGGAAUUACAAGGAGGAUCAAACAAAUGAAAUCGAGGCGCUCGACUCGAUUUACUGUGGGGAAUUGGAAGUUCUUGCCGAGGAGCCUUAUCACAGAUUCAAGCUGCCCAUUUCCACUGAGGAGUACAACGCAGAGGCGCAAGAGAAUGGCCUGCAGUGUCAGCUGAUAUUCACGUAUACCGAGAAGUAUCCGGAUACAGCGCCGCUCGUCGAGAUCGAGGAUCCCAUUAACUUCCUCGAGGACUACGAGGAGCGCUUAGUGAAGCACAUCGAAGAGACUGUAGCUGAGCACUUGGGCAUGGAGAUGAUUUUCUCGCUGGUCAGCAGCGCUCAGGAGUGGCUUAACCAACGGUGGGACGACGUGAAGCGCGAAGAGGAACUCAGUCGGGAGCGUCGCCUGCGGGAAGAGGAGGAGCAGGAACAGAAGAAAUUUGAGGGAACACGUGUUUCGGUGGAGACGUUCCUAGCCUGGAAGACCACAUUUGAAGAUGAACUCGGCAUCACGCAGAAACGGUUGAAAGAAUCAGCUGAGAACAGGAAAUUGACUGGAAGAGAGCUCUUCUUGCGGGACAACACGCUCAAUGAGUCCGAUAUCAAGUUCCUCCUCGAGGCGGGAGACUCAAUCGAGAACGUGAAGAUCGACGAGAGUCUCUUCCAGAACAUCGAGGAUCUGGAACUGGACUCAGAUACAGACGACGAAGACUACGUGCCGGGUAAAGAGUAAGCAUGAUUUGUGGUUUCCCUUCUGUAUACCGUUUUCGCCUCGUUACACAUUUUUGAUCAGUAAACUACAUUCUAAGAGACA